AUGAGAGGCAAAUUUUUAAACCAGAGAUUGUUUUCCACGGAAUCAGAAGACGAGCCGAUAGUAGUGGACGACUCGGACGGCGAUAAUAAGAAGACCAGCGGUCGUCGGUUGUGGACCAACCAAAUGGCGACACAAACUGGUCCGCGCAAAUACAGAUUUAAUGUGAUAUUCGUAUUGGCUUUGCCUCGAGAUUAUAGCCAUAACACCAAUCUGUCGACCACUCAAACCGCUAUCACUCAGGAAUCCCAACAAUUCAAUGAUAUUCUUCAGUUGGCUUUUAUGGACGCCUAUUAUAAUCUAACGCUUAAAGCGAUUGGAAUCUUAAACUGGGUUUUAAACAACUGUUUAACAAAUGACUACAUCUUCAAAGCUGAUGACGAUAUUCUGGUCAACUCUCAGCGAUUGCGACAGAAAAUGGACGACAAAACCUUUAAAUCAGCUGAUGACGAUAUUCUGGUCAACUCUCAGCGAUUGCGACAGAAAAUGGACGACAAAACCUUUAAAUCAGGUUUUACUGGCGUACUGUCACAAACCAAUCACAAACCGAUUCGAGAUAUUAAUGACAAAUUUUAUGUUCCCAAAGAAGUGUAUGAUAAGGACUAUUACCCGCUAUGGCUCUACAACUCAGCCAUCAGUGAUGACCACAUCCUACUCAUCGAUGACUUGUAUUUGACUGGAAUUAUAGCUCAAAAGUCUAAUAUAAAGCGUUAUAAUAGCGAUGAGUUUGUUGUACUCGAUUCGGACGAAGUGUGCAAAACGGAUGUCUGCGAUCUCCACACGAUGUGUGCGUUUCACGGAUGCAAUCAAACUCCUAAUCAAACCAUUGAAUUAUGGAUGCGAUGGAAGAAUACAACCCCAGAAUCUUUGAGAUAUGAACACACUUUGCAAGAGAUUGAGUUAACCCGAAGAGUCUUAAUAGAGCCCAAAUGUGAAUCCAAUUGGACGCCGAUAUUUGUUUAUUCGGCCGCAAGAACUUCAGGCAAAUACUAUUUGAGGAGAAAAGCCACUCGUGAGGGAUGGGCUCUCGAAGCGCGCAAAUACAGAUUUAAUGUGAUUUUCGUAUUGGCUUUGCCUCGAGAUUAUACCCACAAUAACACCAAUCUGUCGACCACUCAAACCGCUAUCACUCAGGAAUCCCAACAAUUCAAUGAUAUUCUUCAGUUGGCUUUUAUAGACGAUUAUUACAACAUAACUCUGAAAGGGAUCGGUAUCUUAAACUGGGUUUUAAACAAGUGUUCAACACAUGACUAUAUCGUCAAAGCAGACGAUGAUAUUCUCGUUAACUCUCAGCGAUUGCGACAGAAAAUGGACGACAAGACCUUCAAAUCGGGCAUUACUGGCCAAAUGCUUACCCAUAAAAAGCCGUAUCGAGAUAUUAAUGACAAAUGGUAUGUUCCUAAAUAUUUGUAUGAUAAGGACUAUUACCCGCCAUAUGUAUUGGGUGGCGCGUAUAUUAUAUCCGCCGAUAUAAUUGAAAGCCUUCACAACUCAGCCAUCAGUAAUGACCACAUCCUAUACAUCGAGGACUUGUAUUUGACUGGAAUUAUACGUCAAAAAUAUAAUAUAGAGAUCCAUAACAACGACGAGUUUGUUAUACUUUUAGACGAUGUGUGCAAAACCGAUGUCUGCGAUCUCUACACUGUCUGUGCGUUUCACGGAUGCAAUCAAACUCCUAAUCAAACCAUUGAAUUAUGGAUGCGAUGGAAGAAUACUACACCAGAAUCUUGUCAUAUCAAUAAUUUGUCGCCAAAUUACACAAAAGUACGACAAUAG